UCUCUCUCUCACACUUUGUUUCUUCGCUUUUGUGAUCCUUUGCUUUCGUGAUCCUUCUCUCAUCCUGUUUGUGGCAAAGCUGUGAUUUAAAUUCCACUUUUUUGUUAAAUAUAUAUUAAAAAAGGUCUUCUAACUAUAAAGUUCUGCUUAAAAGACAAAAGAAAUUGUGCAAAAAGAGAAAAAUGGCUUCGCAAUGUAAACAAACAAAUAAUGGCGGCACAGUGCGUGUGUUUUUGAGUUUAAAACUCUCUCAACAUAGUGUUUCUCUUUGCAGAAAUUGUUAAAAUCGCUAAAAAAAACUUAAUCCUCGAAGCUGUGGCUAAUGAAAACUAUAUCUAAGUUAAACACAAAGCUUGAAAUAUGGGGAAAUUCAAAGAGGGUGCUCCAUUCCCCGCAUGUGUGUGUGGGAGAGACUUCGGCGUCCCACACAAAGAACCGUUAGCUUGUUAACAGAGCCAAUAACAUAUGUAAAGAUGUAAAUAUGUAAAGAUGGAUGUAAAUAUGUAAAGAUUGAUGUAAAUAUGUAAAGAUUGAUGUAAAUAAGUGUAUGUAUAAAAUACAUCACUGAAAUUAAAGUGGCGGAUAGUAUGGACCUGAAAAUGGAGCUGGGCGGUCUUAUGCAAUCACCAACCAAUGCCAAGCGUUUCGUGGUCGAGGAUUCAAUUACCAAGGUCACCUCCGAUGGCGAACCACAUGGAAUGAUGACAAUGGUGGCUGGAUUAUCUGGACUACUGGCAGCCAUUAUAAUUCUAGCCGUUUUGGCCUCCAUGGUGGCCUGUCGCAAGCAGCGAAGCCCCUUGAAACGUAAGAGCCGCAGUUCCACCAACGUAGCCAUGACCAGUGUCCAGUCAGAUCAACCGCAAUUGGCUGGAAAUUUGAAUGCCGCUUUUGCCGAGAGUACAUUAACUCUGGACAAGAUCAAGGCUCAGGAUCAGGACACGCAGUGGCAGCCGACAUCAGUGGUGGUGGUGGAGCGGUAUUAACUAUGGCAUCUACCGGGCGCGUGCUUUUUUUUUUUAAUAUUGUUUAGUAAACAUUUGAGACUGAGACUUAGCUUAAGGACUUCCAGAAUUAUCUAUAAUGAUAUAUAUUUAACUUGUAAGAUUUUUUUGUAUUGUUAAUAUUCUUUGAUAAAACAUAUCUAUAUUUAAAAGUGUA